UAGUAAUUGAUUAGAAUGGUAGGCACUCAGGUGAUUCAUGCUUUGGGAGGUCUAAGGAUUAACCAUCCCUGGAAAAUGGUGCACACUCUAAACCCAUGCACUGAUGGCAGCGCCGCCUCGUGUGGGGUCGCUGUGCCACAGCCCAUUGCUGACAGCUGCAACGAGCCCUGUGUUCGGCAGUGUCCUGACUCCAAGGUGGUGAUCUACCCUCCGCCGGUGGUUGUGACCUUCCCAGGACCAAUCCUCAGCACCUUCCCACAGCAGAGUGUUGUGGGAUCUGCAGGUGCCCCUGAAGUUGGAACUGGUUUUAGCGGUGCCCGUGCUCCUGGGGCCUCCCAUGUUUAUGGUGGUGCCAGAUGGGGAUUUGGAUACCCAACUGGAAGCUGUAGACCAUGCUAAACCUCCUGAGAGUUCCUGCUUGAAAGAACAAUAUCCACUUUCAUGGUAUGACAAGCAGGAUGUAGAUAUGUGGCUGAGCUCUUAGGGCUGCCAUUAAAUGUACGUGUAGAUGCUCAAAUCAUCUGAAAGAUCCGUUUCUAACCCUUCCCCCAUUACCCUUCCUGAUUUUCUCUUUCUAGUGCCUUCCUAUCUUUCCAAGUGCUCUGUUCUCAAUGCUAUGGACUGUAUCCCUGACGGCUUGUAGGUGUCAUUGUGGCAAUGUAAUUCUAUGAAAUCUAUUUUAGGUGUCUCUGAAGGCUCUUUCUGUGGCUAGUGAUGUGUAAAAAGCGUCAUGGAGCCAACCAGUCUCUGCUCUGCUGCUGUUCACUCUGUGCCUUGCUCUGAUCUGGGCUGGGUAUCAACACUGAGCUGCAACAGGGAAGUAACAUCAGUUAUUACAUGAAUCAUCUUGCAUCAAAUCACAGGCUGAGGGCACUUUGUAAUCUGUACUAUGUAAUUCUGCCUCUAUGAACUGCAUAUUUCUUAUUAAACAUGACCUUACAAUGUGUUGUUGGCCUCUAUGCGUGUGUUCCCGUCUGUGUGAGUUCCCUUCUGCGUGUGUUCCUUUCUGCUGCUCCUAAUCCACAUGCCUUUGCCCUGCUGUACCGAGCUGAUCCCAUCACUCUGCUUCAGGAUGAUGAUAUUCUUGAGAGAUUUGGCAGUGGUUUGUGUGUUCACCUCCUUUCCACAGCAAACUCUUUGCUGUAGCUACCUAUAAUGAAACAGCCGCCCCAUCCCUGGAGGUGUUCAAGAGGUUGGAUGAGGCUUUGAGCACACUGAUCCAGUGGGAGAUGUCCCUGUCCAUGGCAGGAGGACUGGAACUGGAUGGACUUUGAGGUCCUUUCCAAUCAAAACUGUUCAAUGAUUCUAUGAUCUUAGCUUAUGUCGUUCCUGGUCUUGCUUAGCUUUGAGGAGCUCUCUCCUUACUAUUGGCUCUUCCAGCACUGUGUGUGUUACCUGGUGUCUUCAGCUUCUGCACCUUGGCACUGGUAAAGUGGAUCACAGCAGAGGUGCAUGAACAACCUGUGUUACUGAGAAGAAUAUGAACCCAAGUGUUGUGCAACAGCAGCUAGUUUUGAGUGUAAAAUUUAUGUCUCUGGCUAUACUGCUCUGUUGAGUGUUUGCAACAUGAAAAUGGAUGGUGACGAAGUUCAUGGCAUUUUGAAUUUCUUCAGGAAUGUAUAGGUGGUAAACACUGCACAAACUUCCCCUACAGCUGUGUGUUUAGAAUGUG